AUGAGAGUAAACAAGGGAAAGAAAGGCCCACAGCCUGGGGCAAAGAAGAAAAAAAGUAACAGGGAACAAAAAGCUGAUGCUGAGACACAUGUUAAACUGAACAGUGAUGAGAAGAUGUCUAGAGAUGAUGUUAACAUUAGUUCACAGCUCAAACAACCCAUACUACCUUCGAGUGGAGAACCGUUACUAGAUGUUCCAGAAAUUAUAAAGUGGAUGUUUUUCAAUGGAUGUUCUUCAAAGCAGGGGAUUGAGCAAAGUUCCACCUUAAAGCAAGCUAAAAAUCAGAAAACAACGAUGACCACUGUGGACACCGCCAUUCUCAAGCAUGGUCAACGGAAACAACAAUCAUUGAUACCUGGAAGUCCAACCCAAGUGGGAGGAUCUGCACAAAUACAACAUUCAACUUUAAAGCAGGCAAAAAAUCAAAAAACCACAAUGACUACCACAGACACUGCUGAAAGAUCCAUUCUCCAGCAUGGUAAAAGGAAACAGCAACCAUUUACAGCUGGAAGUUCAAUCCAGGUGGCAGGACCUGCUCAAAUACAACAUAAAAAGCAAGAUUACAGGCCAGAGAUAAAGAAGUCCAGAGAUGUUUACAUUAGUCCACAACUCAAACUUCCCAUGCUACCUUCUAGUGGAGAACCGUUAGUAGAUGUUCCAGACAGUAUAAAAUCCAAUGCUGAAUUGUAUCGAGGCAAGUUGAGAAGUUCUAAAACACUGAAGAGAAGCAUGCAAUGUUUUCCAAAGCAGGGGAUGGAGCAAAGCUCUACUUUAGAGCAAGCAAAAAAUCAGAAAACAAUGAGGACUACUGUAGACACUGCUGGGAGAUCCAUUCUCAAACCUGAUCAAAGGAAACAACAAUCAUUGACAACUGAAAGUUCAAUCCCAGUGGCAGGAUCUGCUCAAAUACAACAUUCUACUUUGAAGCAAGCAAAAACUCAGAAAACAAUGAAGACUACUAUAGGAACUGCUGGGAGAUCCAUUCCUAAUCAUGGUCAAAGGAAACAGCAAUCAUUUACGGCUGGAAGUUCAAUCCAAGUGGAAGGAUCUGCUCAAAGCAGGCCAGAGAUAAAGAAGUCCAGAGAUGUUUACAUUAGUCCACAACUCAAACUUCCCAUGCUACCUUCUAGUGGAGAACCGUUAGUAGAUGUUCCAGACAGUAUAAAAUCCAAUGCUGAAUUGUAUCGAGGCAAGUUGAGAAGUUCUAAAACACUGAAGAGAAGCAUGCAAUGUUUUCCAAAGCAGGGGAUGGAGCAAAGCUCUACUUUAGAGCAAGCAAAAAAUCAGAAAACAAUGAGGACUACUGUAGACACUGCUGGGAGAUCCAUUCUCAAACCUGAUCAAAGGAAACAACAAUCAUUGACAACUGAAAGUUCAAUCCCAGUGGCAGGAUCUGCUCAAAUACAACAUUCUACUUUGAAGCAAGCAAAAACUCAGAAAACAAUGAAGACUACUAUAGGAACUGCUGGGAGAUCCAUUCCUAAUCAUGGUCAAAGGAAACAGCAAUCAUUUACGGCUGGAAGUUCAAUCCAAGUGGAAGGAUCUGCUCAAAGCAGGCCAGAGAUAAAGAAGUCCAGAGAUGUUUACAUUAGUCCACAACUCAAACUUCCCAUGCUACCUUCUAGUGGAGAACCGUUAGUAGAUGUUCCAGACAGUAUAAAAUCCAAUGCUGAAUUGUAUCGAGGCAAGUUGAGAAGUUCUAAAACACUGAAGAGAAGCAUGCAAUGUUUUCCAAAGCAGGGGAUGGAGCAAAGCUCUACUUUAGAGCAAGCAAAAAAUCAGAAAACAAUGAGGACUACUGUAGACACUGCUGGGAGAUCCAUUCUCAAACCUGAUCAAAGGAAACAACAAUCAUUGACAACUGAAAGUUCAAUCCCAGUGGCAGGAUCUGCUCAAAUACAACAUUCUACUUUGAAGCAAGCAAAAACUCAGAAAACAAUGAAGACUACUAUAGGAACUGCUGGGAGAUCCAUUCCUAAUCAUGGUCAAAGGAAACAGCAAUCAUUUACGGCUGGAAGUUCAAUCCAAGUGGAAGGAUCUGCUCAAAGCAGGCCAGAGGACCACAGUCUUUUCGGUGGAUUAAGCAAUCGAUCUUCUGCUCAGUUCCAAAAGGACCAUAUUGAUCACGGACCAUUCAAGAAGCAAAAGACUGCUCGAAUGUGUCCAUCCAUGUCACUUGAUGAUUAUUUCGAAGUAUAUAAGCCCCGACUUGAAGUUGAGGGUGAUAUUAACUAUGAAAAUAAUGAUAGUGAUGUUGAGGGUGAUAUUAACUAUGGAAAUGAUGACGGUGAGAAAACUAAUAACAAUCCAAUGGAAGGCGAAGCAUAA